AUGUCAGGAAUUUCUUCUGGCGAAAGCUCGAUUGGGGCUGUUCAAUCGUUGUAUCGAGCUCGCAGCUAUCAAUUAGAGAUGCUCGAGCAGAGCCUUGCAGGGAACAUCAUAAUUGCGAUGGACACGGGAAGUGGAAAAACACAAAUAGCGAUCAUGCGAAUUAUGGAAGAGCUUGAGCGUUGUUCUCCUGAAAAGGUGGUCUGGUUUCUGGCGCCUACCGUGGCCUUGUGCACUCAGCAGCACGACGCCAUUCUAGCACAAUUACCAGCCGCAAGGACAAGACUGCUGAUCGGCUCGGACAAUCUUGAUUGUUGGGAAGAUAAGAUCUGGAAAGCAGUGUUGACUGAUGUGCGAAUCGUUGUCUCGACGCACGCCAUCCUCCUUGAUGCGCUAGGACACGGCUACGUUCCGAUAUCACGGCUAGCACUCCUGGUGUUUGACGAAGCCCACCACUGUAGGAAAAAGCACCCAGCAAACAAGAUCAUGCAACAAUUCUACCACCCGCGGAAGGAUCUGCUUGGGCCAACCUCAGUUCCCCAUAUCCUCGGCCUCACCGCCAGCCCGGUAGUGAGGAGCAAGGCCCGUGAUCUAGAGAUCAUUGAAAGAAACCUCGACUCAAUCUGUCGCACCCCUCGCUUACAGAGAGUGGAGAUGUUAAAGUUUGUAAACAGACCGGUGAUCAAAAAUCUUGUGUAUUGUUCUCAUAAGGCCGACGAAGCUGCCCCUCGAAGCAUGGCGCUGUUUCUCCUCAGAAAGGUCUGUCGUACAGUCGUUCCUCAGGCCGAACAGUGUGCGCAAGCAGGCCAACCGGGCGCCAAGAUGCCUCUUUCAAGUGGUGGGUAUGAGGAACAAUUGAUCAAGUUCAGGAGGAAAGCCAAUAUGGUUUAUGAAGAGCUUGGGCCAUGGGCCACGGAUUUCUUCAUACUGGAGUCCAUCAAGACAUUGAGCGAAAGCUUCAGCGGCGGAUCUAGAUUUCUAUUGGUAUUCAAGGACGACGAGAAGACAAAGUUGCUUCGAGCGUUGAAUCCGAUCCCGUUGCUUCUAUCCAGCCACAGCCAUCAACAUGGAGCAAGUAUGCAGGUUUCGACCAAAGUUGAGUGCUUGAUAUCAUUUCUCACCCUGCAAGAUCCCGAAAGAUGUUCCGGCCUGGUGUUCGUCAAGGAACGAGCUACCGUUGCCGUUUUACACGCGCUGCUGUUGCGGGAGCCUCGAACAAGAGACCUCUUUCGGUGCACGACUUUCGUCGGUCUGUCAAACAACGCCAAACGUCGAUACGCGAUGUCUGAAUUGUUGGACUUGAAAGCGCAGCAUGAGGCUUUGGCCGAUUUCAAAGCUAAAGUCAAGAAUCUCAUCGUCGCGACUGAUGUGCUGGAGGAAGGGAUCGACGUCACUGCCUGUAAUCUAGUAGUCUGCUUUGAUGCUCCAUCAAACCUCAAGUCGUUUCUGCAACGACGGGGACGCGCUAGGCAGGAACAGUCGACCUUCGCUAUACUUCUGGAAGGGGAUGUUGAGAAUGUGAACAAAAUCCCAUCCUGGCAACGACUUGAAGAAGAAAUGAUUCACUUAUACCAAGAUGAAACGAGAUCAUUACAAGAUGGCACCAACGAGGAAGAUACCGAAGACGUAAAUUUUGAGAUCAUUGUUCCUUCUACGGGGGCGAAACUGGAUGCCGAUGGCGCCAUGGCACAUCUGUAUCACUUCUGUGCAUUGUUGCCCCAUCAACCUUACGUGGACAACCGCCCCAUAUUUGAAAUUAUCGAGCAUCCAGUGGGUAAAUCAUUCACUGCGACAGUGACUCUUCCCAAUUGCAUCAAUGCUUCCGCAAGGUGUACCAAAGGCCACCAGGAGUGGAAAACUAGAAAAGCUGCCAUGAAAGAUGCUGCCUUUCAAGGAUACAAGCGAUUGUUUCAAGAAGGUCUCUUGAAUGAUCAUCUUCUUCCUCUCACGCACGAAAAGGCACUGUCAACAGCUACAGCCAAUGAACUUCCCGCCGUGGUGGAGGUAAGCGGACAAUUAGACCCCUGGUUUGAAAUGGCCAAAGCAUGGCUAUCCCCUGAUUUCCACAAAAUCGAGAUCACUCUACAGCAUGAUGGAAUUGAUGGUGGAAGUGAUCUCGCAUUUUCCCUCCUGACUCCGUCAGCAUCGCCGAUUAUCGAGCCUUUCACGAUGUAUUGGGAUAGAACCAUCGCUUUCACCAUCAAGCUGGGAAGUCCGGUCAAAGUUGCGUUGUGCGGAACCCAGACUCUCAAGGCCAUGAGAUCGGCCACGAGCCUUAUACAGCGAUCUGUGCAUUCAGACCGCUACCAAGACGAUCCAGGCGAUUUCAUAGUAUUAUUCACGCCUGGGAUCGAAAACAGGCAUCUCGUGAAGUGGCUCGAAGCGAACCAGGGUCGAAUAUCGGCAUGUGAUUACUUCAGGAGAGAACCAUUAACCCCUUGCCCGGGUUUUGUACGAACGCCAUCACUCUUUGGUAGACCUUGCAUAUUCCAACGGUGGAUCGUUCAUGAGAUGCCUCAUGAGCUAGAGGUUGAAUGCGCGCAGCUCCCUAGGCGAAGGAACUUCUUCCAUCGAGCGACGCAGUCUCAGGACUUGCUGUUGCGCCAGCAGGAAUCGCCAGGAAGGCAGGUGGCAACCUCACCACAGAAUUUACAGUUUCCUGCAGAAGAUGCAACCAUCGACUGCCUCCCGUUCGACCAAGCUCGCUUCGGUCUUUUCAUCCCAGGCAUUCUGCAGCAAGUGGAGGUCCAUCUGGUCGCGCAGAAACUAUGCACAACUAUUCUCAGCACCCUCUGCUUUAAUGAUCUUGGACUCGUUGUCACUGCGCUUAGCUCUCCUUCAGCGCAGUGGAUUUCCAACUACCAACGACUGGAGUUCAUUGGCGACUCCGUGCUCAAGUUCAUUGCUACACGACAACUUUUCACCGAACGUUCCAAUUGGCACGAGGGUUAUCUUUCGCAAGCCAGAGCGGGUCUUCUGUCAAAUAACACCCUUGCUCAUGCUGCGAUACGAGUGGGUCUAGACGCGUUCAUCAUGACAGAGCCGACACGCACUGGGGUAAAACGCUCCCCGGUCCUGGCAGAUGUCGUCGAAGCUUUAAUUGGUGCUGCAUACUUAGAUGGUGGAUUCCGCCUUGCCCUGAUCUGCAUCAACACCUUCCUGCCCCAGAUCCAUGUUCGGCUGCCAGCACCUAAUGGCAGAAUUUUAACUGACGGCAGUAGUUAUAGUUUGACAAACCAUAUUGUCAAAGCAGAACGUGUCAUUGGUCACGGGUUCCGGACUAAAACACUUCUACUCGAGUCCUUAACUCACCCUGCAUGCGAGAGGGACAGCCAGACGGAAUCGUAUCAGCGACUCGAAUUUCUCGGAGAUGCCGUCCUGGACAUGGUGGUUGCCGGACUCUUAGCCAAGCAGAACAUAUCUCAGGGUGAGAUGACGCGGAUUAAGUCUGCCAUGGUUAACAGCCACCUUCUCGGCUUUUUUUGCCUGGAACUCAGCAUUGACGAAGACAUGGUUAACGUCGAGCAGAGCUCACUAGGUGUGUUCAAGACAACCACAGUCCGGGAGCAAUUACACCUGUGGAAAUUCAUGCGCCACCACAGCCAGGAAGUGACUAUGGCACAGGGACGCAGCGUUGCACUCUACAGCCAGUUGCAAGGGGAAAUUCGCGGCUCCUUGGCAACCAGUCUCUCCUACCCAUGGACCCUACUCGCUCGGCUGAACCCACCCAAGUUCUUUUCCGAUAUCAUCGAAAGUAUUACGGGCGCCAUAUUCACCGACUCCCAGGGAGACCUGGCGCCAUGUCACCGCUUUCUCGAGCGCCUUGGCUUGACGCAAUACUUGCAGCGCGUGUUGGCAGAUUGUGUUGUCGUCGAGCAUCCACGCAACGCACUUCAACGCCUUUCUGGGUCAGAUGCCGCCUUGUACACUGUUGAUCUCGAGGGGGAUAGUUCAAUGCCAUCUUAUCGCUGCACCGUUACUGUGAAUGGAGAAAUUCUUGCCCACGUGGAGGGAUGUGUGUCUAAGGACGAGGCUAUAGUGAUUGCCGCUGAGACUGCUAAAACGUUGUUGACGGAGCGCAAACAAGAGCACGAGGGGACUACAGAAUAG